GUUAUCGCUGUGAUGAGCUUAAAACCUUCCUUGACCUUGAACUCCGAAAAUGGCAUUGCAAGCGCUUCGUUGUCGUACCGUCUCUAACAUCAUCGGCAAACAUGCCGGGGCUGCUGCUACACUGGCACGUUCAAGCUCUUGGUGGUCCAAUGUUGAAAUGGGACCCCCAGAUGCUAUUCUUGGAGUUACCGAGGCUUUCAAGCGGGACACGAACCCCAAGAAGAUGAACCUUGGUGUGGGUGCAUACAGAGACGACAACGGCAAACCUUUCGUGUUGCCAUCAGUUACUAAGGCAGAGCAGCAGAUGCUUGCAGCCAAACAGGACAAGGAAUACUUGCCCAUCUCUGGUCUCGCAGACUUCUGUAAAGCUUCAGCUGCUCUGGCUUUCGGGGAUGAUUGCCAGGCCCUGAAAGACAAUCUGAAUGUUACUGCUCAGGGUAUUUCUGGUACAGGCUCUCUUCGUAUCGGAGCAGCGUUCUUCGCCAAGUGGUUCUCAACCAGCAAAGUAUUCUACAUCCCGUCUCCAUCUUGGGGGAACCACACACCAAUCUUCAAACACGCUGGUCUUGAAGUGAAGUCUUAUCGGUAUUACGACCCAAGCACCUGUGGUUUCGACUUCAGCGGAGCGUGUGAGGAUAUCUCUAAUAUUCCUGAGGGGUCAACCAUCGUCCUGCACGCCUGCGCACAUAACCCCACUGGUGUUGACCCAACCCCUGAGCAAUGGAGAGAGCUGAGUCAGCUUAUUAAGAAGAAGAAGCUGUUCCCGUUCUUUGACAUGGCCUACCAGGGCUUCGCUAGUGGUGACACCGUCAAAGAUGCCUACGCUCCUCGAUACUUCCUCCAAGAUGGCCACCAGGUCUCUCUAGCACAGUCCUUUGCUAAAAACAUGGGCUUAUAUGGGGAGCGUGCCGGGGCCUUCACCAUCAUGUGUCAGGACGCAGACGAGGCCAGCCGUGUCAUGUCGCAGCUGAAGAUCAUCAUCCGACCCAUGUAUUCCAACCCUCCCAUCCACGGUGCCCGUAUUGUGUCCACCAUCCUCAACAACCCCGACCUCAGGAAGGAAUGGUUAGUGGAUGUCAAAGGGAUGGCCGACCGCAUCAUCAGCAUGAGGACGAAGCUUUCUGAAGGUCUGAAGAGAGAAGGGUCUACUCGCAGCUGGCAACACAUCACAGACCAGAUCGGGAUGUUCUGCUUCACAGGACUCAAGCCAGACCAGGUUGAGAGAUUAACCAAGGACUUUUCCGUGUACCUCACCAAGGACGGCAGGAUCUCCAUGGCCGGCGUAACGUCUGGCAACGUCGACUACUUAGCCCAUGCCAUCCAUGAAGUUACCAAGUAGAUGGAGAGAACCCGAAAUAAUCGUCUCUGUCUUUCAAGCUGUACACUGGAGCAUUUCCCUAACCACACUGUAGUGUCAGUACUUUGUGAAUAGGUUGUCAAGGGUAUACAAGGGUGUCUGGACAAUUUGUCUUGUAAAUAUGUGGAGUGCUACAUACAAAAAGUGAUACAGAUGUUCCAUAUUUUUAUGACUACAGAUCAAUCUCUUUGCAACCAAAAA